AUGUCCGCUAACGUCACAAAUGCCGGCGGUAUACCUAAGAUGUCCGAUAACGUCACAAAUUCCGGCGGUAUUCCUAAGAUGUCCGCUAACGUCAUAAAUACCGGCGGUAUACCUAAGAAGUCCGCUAACGUCACAAAUACCAGCGGUAUACCUAAGAUGUCAGCUAACGGCACAAAUACCGGCGGUAUACCUAAUAUGUCCGCUAACGUCACAAAUACCAGCGGUAUACCUAAGAUGUCCGCUUACGUCCCAAAUACCGGCGGUAUACCUAAGAAGUCCGCUAACGUCACAAAUACCAGCGGGAUACCUAAGAUGUCCGCUUACGUCACAAAUACCGGCGGUAUAUCUAAGAUGUCCGCUAACGUCACAAAUACCAGCGGGAUACCUAAGAUGUCCGCUAACGUCAUAAAUACCGGCGGUAUACCUAAGAUUUCCGCUAACGUCACAAAUACCAGCGGGAUACCUAAGAUGUCCGCUAACGUCACAAAUUCCUGCGGUAUUCCUAAGAUGUCCGCUAACGUCACAAAUUCCAGCUGUAUUAAUACCUAA